UUCCUUGUUUGAUUUGAAUUGAUUAAAAACACUAAAUAUCAUUGUUUUGAGAUAAGCUUUAACCCAUUUAUAUUUUGACAGAAAGGUUUAACUUAUACUAAAUUCGUCUCCUUUUGUUGUUUUAAGAAACACAGAAAGUUGAGUUCAAUCGUGUGAUAUCUAUCGACAAAAACAGAUAACAAAAGAUAACAAAUCAAGGAGUGAAGUAUCAUGGCAUUUAAAGAUACUUCAAGGUCUGUGAUUAAUAUCAUUACGGAUUACAUUAAUUCUGUAUUAUACUCCAAUUCAAUUCCAAUUCCUAUUAUUGAAUCAUUUAUUUUACUUACGCUAUAUACCUUUAUCAUUGUCUUGUGUGUAUAUGCUACCAUUCAUAAACCUUCAUAUAUUGAAUUUGCAGAAACUCGAUUUGAUGAUGAUACUGUAGCAUCAAUCCAAGAUGAUCUUCUACUUACGACCAUAACAGAUCCGAAUUUAACUUAUUUUGAAAAAUUUAAAUACAUUGGUGGAGCAGUAAUUGCUAUUGGAGUUAUGGUUUAUUUUAUGCUCAAUUUUGAAUUUAACCCCUUUACAUUUUAUAAAUCGUUAGAAAUCAUAUUUAUAUUAGGAGUUCGAAUUUUAAAUAUUCAUGAUUUAAUCUUACCUCGUUAUAAGUUGAUAUUGGGUGAUAAUUAUUCAACUAUAAUCAGAAUAGAACCUAACGAUACAACCCCAACUCCUACUGGGAUAGAAUUUGAUGCUCGAUGGUUAGAUCUUUUACCUGUCACAUUUUUAGUGUAUCAUUUAUCAAAGUAUUUUUCCUAUAACAAUUGGAUUAUAGGAAAUUUUAUAACUACCUUACAUCUCAUAUUUGCUUUCCAUAAUACAUCAUUUCGUAAGAGGAGCUUUUUACCUCAAUUAUUUCAAUUUAAAUAUGUUUUCGGUAUUUAUGGAGUUUUUAUAUUAUUGCUGGUAUAUAAUCGGAUUUUGUUCAUUCCAACCUUGAAUUUACCAAGCACUACAGCUUCAUUGCAUAUUCACAUUCCUAGACCAAGUAUUUAUGGAAACCAUUUUAAAGAAUUGGGUUCAUCAAGGCUGGUAUCAAAUUAUGGAGCUCUUAUACUUAAAGGGGAUAAUUUAAAAAUCCCAAUUUUAUUAAUUUCAUUAUGUUUAAAGUUUGAUAUGUAUAAUUAUUAUAAGAAUCAACCUGCUGAUAUUAAAUUUUCAAAAUUGUAUGUCUUGUUUAAGAUGAAGAAGGUUUAUUCUAGUAUAGUUAUGAUUUCAUUCUUAGGUGGAAAUUUGUAUAUGUUUCACAAAUCAUAUUAUAAUCGGAUUAUAGAAAUUGGUCUCUGUGGGGUUAUUCAUGUGAUUGCGUUAAUUCGAGGUGAGUUAAAUGAAUUAUGGAAGUUCAAUGAUGAUGUGGUUCCAGUUAGGGUAAGUGAUGUUAAAGAGGAUGAUAAAGAGGAUGUGGAAGAGGAUGUGGAAGAGGAUGUUAAAGAGGAUGUGGAAGAGGAUGUGGAAGAGGAUGUGGAAGAGAUUGUGGAAGAUAUUGACGUUGCCGAUGUCGAAGAGAUUUUGAAAGAGAUUAUGAUGGUUGAGGAAGAAGAUGAAAGUGAUGAUGAUGAUUACCUUAUCAAUAGUGAAGAUGAAAAACUUGAACAAGUUGAUUUACGCAUUGAUAAAGUUGAAUUUAAACGGUAUCAAACUAAGGAUUAUGAUAGUGAUGAUGAUAGAGAAUUGAAUAUGUAUAGAAAGAGAGUUGUGAGAUAUGUCUUUGAAGAAGGAGAUGAUGAAGAAGAUGAAGAAGAUGAUACUUAUGAGGCAGAACCGAUAGAUGAAGAAGAUGGUGAAUUAAGUGAUGAAUCUGAUUAUUACGAUGAAGAUUUACGAAUUUUAAGAGAAGAUCUUAAGAAAGAUCCCGUAGAAUUGUAUGAUAAUAAAGAAGAGUAGUACUUCCCACGAUUUAUAAGUAGAUUAGACAAUUGAUAGAUCAAAAUAACAUAACUAUAAACUUCAAUCAUAGUAGUGGUAGAAUCUAAAAUUAAUUAUACUAAAAAAUACGCGCAAAAAUAAGAUAGAGCCGCACGCGAAGUUAUUUUGAUUUGACGUAAAUUUUAAAUUUUAAAUUUUAAAUAAAC